AUGGCGCACCUAUCACUUCUGAGCGCAGCUUUUUUGCUGCUCCAAUCAGUCGCUUCCGCCAAGCAUGUCGUCGUUGAGUCUUUACCCAAGACUCCCGCCGGGUGGAACAGAGUAAGAGAUGCGGACCCUGGCCAGCACAUCCAGCUCCGCAUCGCUCUUGAGCAGCCAAAUCUGGCUGUUUUCGAAAAGACGCUGUACGACGUCUCUUCGCCUCAGAACCCUCUGUACGGUCGCCAUCUUUCACGAGAGGAGGUCCGAGACUUGGUCAAGCCGACCGAAGAGUCCACCUCUGCUGUUCUUGAGUGGCUCGAGUCCGCGGGCACACCAUCUGCCAACAUCGAGGAUGCCGGGGACUGGAUCAACUUCAACACGACUGUAGCAAAAGCCGAGAUUUUGCUGAAUGCCGACUUUGGCAUCUACAACCAUGUCGGCACCACCACCGAGAGACUCCGCACUCUAAGCUAUUCGGUGCCGGCUGAUGUCAAGUCCCACAUCACCUUGAUCCAGCCCACUACGCGGUUUGGCCAGAUGAAGGCACAGGCAGACCAGGUCUUUGAGGUUAUUGAGACAGGCGAUGCUGCUGUCAAUUCACUCAAGGUCGCUGCAGACGUGCCUGGGACAGAGCUGGACGCGUCCUGUAACUCGACCGUUACCCCGGAAUGCUUGAGGGCUCUUUACAAGAUCGGAAACUACCGGGCGGAUCCAAGCGUGGAUUCUAUUCUCGGAAUUAGUGGUUUCCUUGAGCAAUAUGCUAAACACGAUGCGCUUGACUCGUUCCUUGAGAAGUUUGCACCAUACGCGCUGGCCCAGAACUUCACUACGGUUCUCGUCAACGGUGGCAUAGACAACCAAAUAGACACUGUUGACAGCGAUGUUGAGGCCAAUCUCGACAUACAAUACGCCGCUUCCCUAGGAUUCGAGACUAAUGUUCGCUACUAUUCCACUGGCGGUCGCGGAAUUUUGGUCCCCGAUCUGGAGUACGUCUCCAAUGAGCCCUAUCUGGAAUUUGUGACGUAUCUGACCAACCUCGCUGAUGAGGAACUCCCCGCGACGCUCACCACCUCAUACGGCGAGAAUGAGCAGUCUGUGCCCAAGACAUAUGCCGAGAAAGUCUGCCAGAUGUUCGGUCAACUGGGAGCUCGAGGUGUUUCCGUUAUCUUCAGUUCUGGAGAUACUGGCCCAGGUAGUGCUUGUCAGACCAACGAUGGCACGAAUAGAACACGCCUUCUCCCGAUUUUCCCAGGUGCCUGCCCCUACGUGACCUCGGUAGGUGGCACUGUGGGUGUUCAGCCUGAAAGAGCCGUUUCUUUCUCCUCUGGUGGCUUCAGUGACGUCUUCCCCCGCCCAGAAUACCAAGACGCAGUCGUUUCAGCAUACGUCGAAAGCAUCGGCACCACCUUCGCUGGCUUGUACAACCCAGAUGGUCGCGGUUUCCCAGAUGUUGCUACGCAAGGCCGUGGGUUCCAAGUCAUCACGCAGGGUAGGACUAUAAGUGUCGGUGGUACUUCUGCAUCGGCGCCUACGUUCGCAGGAAUCGUAAGCCUGUUGAAUAACGCAAGAAUCCGUGAUGGACAACCCGCUCUCGGCUUCUUGAACCCAUGGCUCUAUAACGAUGCGAGUUCUGGCUUCACGGAUAUCGUUGAUGGAGGAAGCCAGGGAUGCUCGGGUCGCGACAUUUACAGCGGACUGCCGACCCCUUACGUGCCGGGUGCUGGGUGGAAUGCGACUGAGGGCUGGGAUCCGGUGACUGGUCUGGGUACGCCACUUUUCGACAAGCUGCUCGCAAUUUCGGGGGGCUCAUUGCUCACAAUUGGAAGCUAA